UCUUUGCUACUGAAAGAAUAAAUUUAUAUUUUAUACAAAAAUUAAAUUUAAAAAAAAAAUCUAUCAAUAUAAUUUGAAUAAAACUAAUUAACUUCUUAUGAUGGCGGAUUAUAAGUCUUUCGGUUUGGAGGGUGAAAAUAAUGAUGGGGAGAAACUGUUUGCAGAAGAUAAUUCCAAUAUUGAGGAUUCUGAGGAAACGGCAGUAGAAAAAGCAGCUGGUGAACUGUGCAACUAUGAAAAUAUGCCAGACGAACCAGCAUCAAAUGAACAGGGUGAUCUACCUUUGGCACUUUUACCUCCAGAUCAUCCUUUAUUGGCCAAGUUUCAACAAUCGCUGAAAGAGUUUCUCAUACGCACCAGAGAUCAAUUGAUUAAUGAAAUUGAAGAAAUAAAAUACUCCGUCAAACAAAAAGAACAACAGCGCGAAGAACAGGGCGCCAUACUGUAUGACAGACAACAAGAAAUUCAACGACAAAACGAACAGCUCGAAGAAUUUGCUCAAGAAAUUCAAGAAAAUCUUCAGCAACGACAUCGCGAAGAAGAGGCUGUGAGUCAACUGAAAGCCGAGUAUGAGGAAAAGUCUCAAAUAACGAAGGAACAAAAGACCUUGUACAACAAACGUAUGGCUGAGCUGCAGCACAUGCAAGAACUCGAGAACAAUAUACGCAAAUGGACCGAUGACGUUGAGGACGAAGUGAAAAAUGCCAAACGUGUUGUAAGUCGGGAUACUCAGUUGCAACAACAAUUGUCUGAGGAGAAGAAACGGUCGGAUUUAUUAUUCUAUCACUUGGAUGUGGAAGUAAAGAAAAGCGAAACGGAAUUGGAAAUGGUGCAGAAUGAAAUAAAAGACAUGGACGAAGUUUUGGAUGCAUUGAAUAUGAGUGUUUCGAAUGCAAAUGCAGACUUGGAAGCAUUGGAAAAUGAACAUAAACGUUUGACGCAAUCUUGGUCGGAAGUGAUAGUGGCAAUUUCGUUGCGUGAUCGUAUACUGUAUCAAGUUAAGGUGGAAACGGACAAAGGAAAAGAAACGAUUAAAUUAAAUACGGCUGGAAUUGAGGCUACUCAGAAGCAGAUUAAGAAAGAAUUACAAGUAAAUGAAAAAUUGGAGACUUUUAAAAAGCGGCUAGCUGAAGACUUCACAACAUUAAAAAAGGAUUGCAAACAACAAUCUGAUAUUUUGGCGAGCUUAGAAAAUAAACUCUCCGACAUACCCUUACUACUAGAUCAAACAGAAAAAGAUCUAAAAGAGGCCAAGAAGGAAGGUACACAAUUGGAAACUGAAAUUCGACGACUCCAAUGGAAAGUCGAUAAACAAAAUAAUAAAAAAUACGAAGUUGAAGAAAACAUAUUAAAAUUGGCCCAAGAUCAUUUGAUCACCGAUAAAGCAAGUGAAUAUCGCUUGAAAUUGCUGAAUAAUGCCCAGGAGCAGAGAAGAGGCAUGGAAUUGAAUCUAGCCCAGGCCCAAAAUCAAUUGGCUGGCACUUUGUUGGAUAUGGAACGUGUUAAAGGGAACAAUUUUAGAAUGAGUCAAGAAAAUGAGAAACUUUGUGAAGAACUUGAUGCUCUAGAAAAGACAUCGGAUCAUUUUAAUGCUGAGUUGAAGUAUUUGGAAACGCAAAUUGAUAUAAAAAUGAAACGGAUGGAUAAAUUAAUGAAUCAAUUGGACGAGCUAAUACGGAAUAGUGAGGGCAGUGAAAUAAGUCCAACUGAGUUGAAGAUCAAACAAUUAGAAAAAUCCAUACAGGCCACUGAACAACAAAUUAUGGAAUAUCAGCAAUUUUGGAUAAUGCUGCAAAAUCAUUUUGUCAAUCUCACCCAGAAGAGAAGUGCACAAAUGAAUCAAAUUCAAAUUACCCAAAAACAAUUAUCCAUUAUAAAGCAGAAAUCCCUAAAAGUCGACCAAGAACUUGAGCAGUCGGAAACCAGUACCAAAGAAUUGAAUCGCGAUAUACAAAUUUAUCAGUCAAAACUGGAGCUCUUAAAUGCCAAAAUGGCUAAGAAACGCCAACAACAUGAAUCUGAGGAAAGUGAGUGUGAACAAGAACAUGCUGAACUAUUAGAAAGACUUAAGGAUAAUGAAAUGCAUGCCUUGAGAUUGGAGGAAGAUAUUAAUGAAUUGCAAACAGAAACUGAACAUUACAAGGACAUUGUACUGGACAAACAUCGAGAAUCUUUAUCGUGGGAGACCAAAUAUAAACUUAUAGAGGAAACAUUACGUUGGCGCAAAGAGGAAAGCGCACUUGAUAGUGAAUUGGGUACAAUGCGCACCGAAAUUCAUCGCAUGCAAAUACGUAACCAACAACUAAAACGGGCCCAGGAAAAACUAAUCGGAGAUCUUGAUCACUGUGUUAUGCAUCGUGAACAGAUUGUUGUAUCAGCUGCUAUAAAGCAAAACAUGGAAUCAAAACCCACAAGAGUUAAACAGUCCAGUAACACGACUCAAUUUAAAAUCAAUGAUUUGCGUAAUAAACUAAAGCAAAUACAGAACGACAUAACCAUACUAUCCGAUCAGCAAAUAGUCCAGACUAGGAAGGAAUACCUACAAAUACAAGAUGAAAUAAAAGACCUACGUUACGAAGUCGAUCAAGAAGAAUCUCAGGAUAAUUUGAUACGUACAGAAAUCGAACAGGCUCUUUUAUUAAAAUAUCAAAAUCUUGAGAAUAUUGUACGAAAACAAAAUCGUGCCAAGUCCUAUCGACGUCUCAACGCUUCUACUCAACCGAUGAAAUUACCACGUAAUGAAACAGCCAUACUAUCACAGAUACAAAAACAAACGGAAAUGAACGAUCAUUUGACAGAUAUUGUUCAAACGCUGGGUACUGAGUAUCCUCACAAACAAGCGUUCUUUGCAAGACUUCUGCAAAUUUUGAAAGAUUGA